CGGGUGGGGGCCGUUGGGCAGCGCCCCCGCGGCGCGCGGGUGGGUGAGGGCAACCGGCGGCUGUGGCGGCUGUGGAGAAAUGAAAAUUUAGAAAGGGAUUUGCCAAAUAAAGAAGAUGGGAGCAAAUAGCAGCAGCAUCAGUGAGCUUCCAGAAAAUGAGUACUUAAAAAAAUUAUCGGGAGCAGAGCCCAUCUCCGAGAAUGAUCCGUUCUGGAAUCAGCUGCUGUCUUUUAGCUUUACCACUCCAACAAACAGUGCUGACUUAAAGCUCUUGGAAGAAGCCACAAUCUCAGUCUGCAAGUCUUUAGUUGAGAAGAAUCCUCGAACAGGAAACCUUGGGUCAUUGAUUAAAGUCUUUCUUUCUAGAACCAAAGAGUUAAAAAUUUCAGCAGAAUGUCAGAAUCACCUCUUUAUUUGGCAGGCUCACAAUGCACUGUUUAUUAUUUGCUGUUUGCUGAAAGUAUUCAUCAGUCGAAUGUCAGAAGAGGAGCUGCAACUUCAUUUUACUUAUGAAGACAAAGCACCAGGCUCAUACGGAACAGAGUGUGAAGACCUCAUAGAAGAGUUGCUGUGUUGCCUCAUCCAGCUCAUUGUUGAAAUUCCCCUCUUAGAUAUUACAUACAGCAUUUCCUUGGAAGCUGUGACAACUCUCAUUGUCUUCCUCUCCUGCCAAUUAUUCCACAAAGAAAUUCUGCGAGAGAGCAUCAUUCACAAAUACCUGAUGCAUGGUCGAUGUCUCCCAUAUACCAGCAGACUUGUGAAAACUUUACUAUAUAAUUUCAUUAGACAAGAAAGAAGCCCUCCUCCAGGGACCCAUGUCUUUCAGCAGCAAACAGAUGGAGGAGGACUGCUUUACGGAAUUGCAUCUGGGGUGGCAACUGGCCUGUGGACAGUCUUCACGCUAGGUGGGGUGGGGAGUAAAGCAACGCCACAGCUGGAGCAGUGCUCCCCUCUCGCGAACCAGAGUCUGCUGCUUCUGCUGGUCUUGGCUAAUCUGACCGAUGCUCCAGAUAUGCCGAAUCCCUACAGGCAGGCUAUUAUGUCCUUCAAGAACACACAAGAUAGCACUGCCUUUUCAUCGUCAAAUCCACACGCUUUCCAGAUUAAUUUUAACAGUUUAUACACAGCUUUGUGUGAGCAGCAGAAAUCGGAUCAAGCGACUCUUCUUUUAUAUAUGCUUCUGCAUCAAAACGGCAACGUACGGACGUAUGUGUUGGCACGAACGGACAUAGAAAAUCUUGUUCUGCCAAUUCUUGAAAUUCUCUAUCAUGUUGAAGAAAGGAAUUCACACCAUGUUUAUAUGGCUCUUAUCAUUUUGCUGAUCCUUACAGAGGAUGAUGGCUUCAACCGAUCCAUUCAUGAAGUGAUAUUGAAAAAUAUCACUUGGUAUGCUGAGCGUGUCUUAACAGAGAUCUCACUUGGGAGUCUCCUGAUACUAGUUGUGAUAAGAACCAUCCAGUACAACAUGACACGGACAAGGGACAAAUACCUUCAUACAAAUUGUCUGGCAGCCUUAGCAAAUAUGUCAGCACAGUUCCGCUCACUUCAUCAGUAUGCUGCUCAGAGGAUCAUCAGUUUAUUUUCUUUGUUGUCUAAAAAACACAACAAAGUGCUGGAGCAAGCCACGCAGUCCUUAAGAGGUUCCCUCGGUUCAAAUGACUCUCCGCUUCCUGAUUAUGCGCAAGACCUGAAUGUGAUCGAGGAAGUAAUCCGAAUGAUGUUGGAGAUCAUCAACUCCUGCCUGACAAAUUCUCUUCAUCACAACCCAAACUUGGUGUAUGCGCUGCUUUACAAGCGGGAUCUGUUUGAGCAGUUUCGAACUCACCCUUCCUUCCAGGACAUAAUGCAAAAUAUAGAUCUGGUGAUCAGCUUUUUCAGCUCCCGAUUAGAGCAAGCUGGAGCUGAGCUGUCAGUGGAGCGAGUUCUGGAAAUCAUCAAGCAAGGAGCUGUUGCGUUGCCCAAAGACAGGCUAAGAAAGUUCCCUGAGCUGAAGUUCAAGUAUGUGGAGGAGGAGCAGCCUGAGGAGUUCUUCAUCCCUUACGUUUGGUCCUUGGUCUACAACUCCGCGGUGGCCCUGUACUGGAACCCGCAUGACAUCCAGCUCUUCACUAUGGACUCCGGCUGAAGGAGAUGCCCCAGUCAAGCCAACACAACGCUGUCUUACAGAAAACGAAACUCUGCACCGCGUGUUAAUACGUGACCCCUUCCAGCGUGCACCCUCUGACCCCAAAGCUUACAGAGAAUGAAGCUUGCCGCUAGUGUACAGUCCAACAUCAAUGUUUUGGAAGCAGAUUGCCACCGUCACGCUGGCAACAGACUGUGGUGUGAGGAACUGAUGGCUUGUAGGCAACCUUGUAUUCAUAGUCCUAUAACCUAGAGCUUGUUUGAUGAAAAUGAGGCCUUACACAUGGGGUGUGAUGUUACUACCAACCACAAACCCGAUUGUUCUUUUAAUUUAACGGGGUAAAUAAGGAAAGAGUUUGUGAACUUUGAUUUGGAAGCAGCAUUUGUAUUUUCGUUUCUUUAAAGCGAGGCAGCUUCGUUGGGACAAGCUUUCUAUGGUCUAUUGGAUUCUGCCAUGGGUUGCUCGUUACCUAAUCCCGUGCUUUCACUCACAGCCCUUUAUUUCGGUGGCACUGUCAAGGCUGCAGUCGUUAAAUUGGUGUCUACACUGUCAUCCGAGUGAACUAAGCAAGCAGCAUACUAAUCAGAUUAGCUCCCAGGCAGAUUCAAAACACUUGAUUUAGAUGUCAGAAUGUUUGUGGGAGGAUUUUCAAUAGCAAGUCUUUUUUUGUUGUUGUUUGACUGGCAAAUACUCUAUAGAGGGCUAGAAACACCAGCUUUCAGAGUCAGGUCCCUUACAGACUUGUUUUACUGUGCUUCUGUGCAAAAGUUGUUCCUGGAAAUUGAACGUGUGGGAAAAAAAAAUCUCCAAAGAAAAUAGUUAUAAGAUUGUAAAAUAGACCAAUGUCCUGUAAAACUGUGUGUAAUGGUGACAGUGUGUCCUGGGGAUCCUUGGCAAAGUUCUGUGUUGAAAAUCCCCUGUUUGCUAUUAAAGGUUUUAUGGCAGAAGUAUAAAUUUAUCUGAAUGUAGAAUACUUCUCUUUUAUGUUGGUUUAAAGUGUCCUUUCCUGAUAUACCUGUUUCUGCAGUUGGAAGAACAAAAGAAGUGGCUUGACCUGAUUUUGAAAGAACAUCUCAUUUUUCAAAAUGAGGAUCAUUUCUUCUCUGGGGAGGCUCCUGAUGGUGCCUGUUGCACAUGCGUGCAAACACUCUAAUCCCAUGUGCUGCUAUGUGAAGGACUGUCACCAGUUCAUUGCAUGCCAAAACAUAAAUAUCAAGGAAUUACUUCCUAAACAUACAUGGCAACCCCCUGUAUCCGCUGCCUGCUCCAGCAUGUUCUUUCUAUUGACCUGAAGAAUGGGGUGCAUUUGCUUUCAGACAGUCCUUCGAGCGGCUUUAAAUAGAAUUUCUUGCACCGCCCUUUUUUUAUUUUCCCCUGAAGGAUGCACUAGGUUUGUACUUUCCUUUUAUCUGCUUGUUUAGAGGUGGAAGUCCAUUUGAGUCCUACACAAAUGGAAAUGCUGGCUUAAAAAAAAGAAAAAAAUAAAAGCUUUCCAAAUUUAUUUAAAUAUAGCUACAAAGCGGCAUAUACAGCCCAGGAGCAUUUAAGACUUUAAAAUGGCAGAAGCUUUUGAGAAAUGGCAAUAGUAAGACUGGAGAUGCAGUUUUUCUUAGGAAAAUAUGAGAAAUGAAUGAACCAUGACUGAGCUGCACGUAAGUUCAUGCUGUGUUUUGGAUUUAUGGUGGGGUUUUUUUGUCUUUGAGCAAACGUCAAAGGGGAAUAACUGUUCUUGGUUCUUGUAGUGAUUCGUAAUUUUGUCUUUAUUAAAAGACUUAAGAGUGUUUGUGAGUCAGCAUGGCUGCCCAGCCUUUGGAAAGGUCAGUCCGAAGAUGCACUUUUAAACGGUGAAUUCUGAAGCUACUGGGAUGGCUCGGUUUUCAUCUGUCUUAACCGCCCGUGAGCACCUGAACCUGCCCCAAGGUGAGCACCCUCCACCCCGCUGCCUGCAGCAGAAGCGGAGCACUUCAUGAAAGAGGGCUCAGCCAGAGCAGAUGCUUAUCAGCCAGGUGUCAAACUGGAGAGAACCCGAUUUGUCUUUGAAAGGGCUUUUUAUAGAGAGAAGGGUACAUAAAGCAGCAAUCUGAUAGAAUAGGUCAAACCAGCUGCUGAAUCGAUGUAGGAGUCGCACAGUAAAUUAUUGCUCACAGUCCUCAUGUUGUGAUGACAUUGAGUUGAAGUACAGAAGGAACAGGUUUGUUCCAAUCGUGUAAUUUCCUUGUGCAUUUAAUUAAUGUGCAAUGCUCCCAGGGCCCAGCUGGUUUGGAACAGCUGGAGUUACAAUCCAAAGCCGAAACAGCAGAGCCAGAC